AUGACCGUGGUUCAACAAGUCUUUGCAGAUUGGAAGUUCGACGCCACCUUUGAAAGUCUUUACAACUCCACCGUUGAAAGUCUCUACAACUUUACCAACUCCUCUACAUCUACAGAGGGGGGGUGGGUCGAGCAGCUGGUUGAGAAGCUGAGGGAGCUGUGGGAAUCCAAUAAACAAGACCGCAUCAUCGCACCAUGUGAACGGUGGUACAAUAAUAACCAAGAUCUGACAAAGACUCGCCAUGAGCUUGUGGCGACAGCAAAAGCCGACAAGUGUAGAUGGAACGCUCUCACUGGAGCAAUGAGCGGGGCCAUUCCCGUUCCUGGGUUGGAUGCUGUUGGCAGUGUAGGUGCCGGAUUCUUGUUGCAAGCACAGGGAGCCUGCAUCGUUGCCAAACUACGUGGAUACGACGUGCAAGACGAGAGAACCCAAAGUUUGAUCCUGUGGGCUCUGGGCGGUGAAGGUGCGUCGGAAGUCAUCAAGGGGGUCGUUCAAGCAGCAGCAAAGACUGGCGGAACUGCAGCUGGGAAAACAGUGUUGAGCAAAGUCCCGAACCAGUUCUUCAAAGAAGUGAACAAGAAAAUGUGGCCUCUCAUUGGCCGGCAUUUGGUCACGAAGGGCCCACAAGGCUUGCUGUCACUUUCCAAGAUCAUCCCAGUGAUGGGUUCUACGGUGGGAGCAGUUGCUGGCGGCACCAUCGACUGGUUAUUCUGCCAUCAGGCGAUUGAUUUUGCAGAUCAGAAAGUUUUCCGCAUGAUCAACAGAGAAGAGGAGGACUUGCGAGCUUGGCUUCUUGCCAAUGAGUUCGAAGAGGAGGUCGUCGACACGCUGAUGGCCGCACAGCUUGACACCCAAACCAUCUGUCACGCGGAGAAAUCUGAUCUUCAAGGCCUUGGGCUUUCUCUAGGAAGAGUUUUGAAGCUACGCACAAAGUUAUUUGAAAAGGAUGGCCUUUGUACAAAGGAUCAUGCGGAGUUGUAG